GUUUCUGCAGCAGCGACGAUGAGAGCUCAGACAGACCUCCGAUCACUCUGAAGCUCUCAACUGAACAUCACAACACACACAUGCAAGCCGACGACGGCAGCGAUUGGUCAACGCUGACAGCAGAGAGCGGAGAGGACACGCCCUCCUGGCCUGUUGGCACGGAGACGGAGGAGUGUGAGGUGGUGAGGUGUGUGUGCGAGGUGGAUGAGGAGAAUGACUUCAUGAUCCAGUGCGAGUCGUGUCUGUGCUGGCAGCACGGGACCUGUAUGGGUUUAUACGAGGACAACGUCCCACACAACUACAUCUGCUACUACUGCAGACAGACCGCAGGUAGGCUUCACACUGUGAGCACUUACUGCUGUGGCGAGCCUGUGAAAGAAAGCAGGUAAAGGUGGAUUAUUUGAUAGUUGGUGUGAUAUAAAACUCAAAGCAUUUUAUAUGUUACAGCAAAGGCCUGGAAAAGUUCCUCGACCCCUUCUUGAGUGGUAGUAGGAGGUAGCUCUCUGUGUUUAGGUGAAAUCAGUUCCAGACGUAUACGGUGUUGCACCAAGAACAACCUUUCGGCUGCUUUAGUUGCAGUUUGUAGAGGUGAUCACUUUUUCAUUUAAAGGCGACCGGUCCCCGAGUCGAGUUUUACCCCCACUCAGCGGUUAAUAGAGAGAGGUUGCAGCGUAGUCGGCGUCUUCCAUUCAAACUGCGAGGGGACCAGCGCCAUCAUGAGGAACCUGCAGGAAACACUCAGCAGGCGGUCAAUACACAUUUCUCCUGUGACUGGAGGACGCCACAGGGGUCGCUGACCCGUCUCUAGGUCUGUGUGACCGAAGCCUAAAAUAACAGAGAA